UGUAAUUCUCCCAUUCUGCAAGGACUGUACAGCAUUCGAAUCAACCUUAUCAGUGAUGGAGACUCAGUCUGAUUUGGAGGUUAUAUUAGAGUUCCUCGAGGAGUAUCACAGACAAAACAAUGCAGAAAAUGACAAGGUGCAUUGGACGGCUAUGGAGGAAAGAAAUGUACCUGCAGACGAAACAUGCAAGCAACGCUGGGCAUACUAUGAGCCACCUAACAUCAAACCUGCACUCCAGCCCUUCCUUGCACAAGAUGCUCCAGCAGGACUCGGCCAAAACACAACAGCAACACUGUCUGAGCGUGGGUCAGUGCCAAGCUUCACGACAACAAGAAAAUCAACCAAACACCCAGCCGCAGCAGGGGGGAGUGGUAAAAGGGUGCGACUCUUUCACUUCCUUUUUGAGAUGCUGGAGAAUCCAAACAUGGCCCACUGUUUGUCCUGGGUGCCAGCUGCCGCUGGUGUUUUCCGCUUUUCCUCCAGGAAUAAGGAUCAGGUGGCUGCACUGUGGGGACAGAGAAAAGGCAACAAGAGACUCAUGACCUACCAGAAGAUGUCCAGGGCGCUAAGAAACUAUGCCCGGUCUGGAGAGAUCUUCAAGGUGAAGAAGAAGCUCACCUAUCAGUUUAGCCGAGACACCCUGAUGUUGCUGCAGAAAUGUCAUCGAGAUUUGUAA